AUGCCGGCAGUUCGCGGCGUGCGCCACCUAUCGGGUUCCCGAGCCGGUCCAAGUGCGAAUGAAAUACGGCAUCAGUUUAUUGACUAUUUCACUGUGAAACACAACCAUCGGCUGGUGCGUUCGAGUUCGCUGGUCCCGUUUAGCGAUAGUACGAUUGCGUUCGUCAAUGCUGGCAUGAAUCAAUUCAAGAACGUGUUUCUCGGCACUUCCGACCCGCCGUGUCCGCGUGCCGUCAAUUCGCAAAAGUGUGUCCGAGUAGGGGGAAAGCAUAAUGAUCUGUCCGUCGUCGGCACGGAUAGCUAUCAUCACACGUUCUUCGAAAUGCUUGGCAAUUGGUCGUUCGGAGACUAUUUCAAACAGGAAGCUUGCCAGAUGGCUUGGGAUUUGUUGAAAAAUGUUUACCGAAUCGAUAUGGACCGGGUGUACGUGACAUACUUUGGUGGUGAUGCAAAUCUUAACGUUCCGGCUGAUGACGAGUGCCGGGAGAUUUGGUUGUCCCUUGGCAUUCCCCGUGAAAGGGUUCUUCCGUUUGGUACACGGGAUAACUUUUGGGAGAUGGGCCAAAGUGGCCCGUGCGGUCCGUGCACAGAAGUUCAUCUCGAUCUUUCCGACCAGUACAAGGAUACAAUCAGCAGACGACAGUUUGUAAAUGCUGGCAUGCCCGACCUCACAGAGAUUUGGAACAUCGUGUUUAUACAGUACAACCGAUCGCUCGAUGGCGCAGGAACUAUCCGAAAUCUACCUCAGCAUCACGUGGAUACGGGACUGGGCCUUGAGCGGCUCGUUGCCCAUUUACAGGGAAAGCACAGCAACUAUGAUACCGAUCUGUUUUCGCCGAUCUUCCAGCGAAUUCAACAGGUGACGAAAAAAGUUCCUUAUGGUGGUAGCUUUGUGCGCAACAGUGUCCAGUACGAGUUGGACACCGCCUACAGGGUGAUGGCUGACCAUAGUCGCCUGAUAACGGCUUGUUUGGCUGAUGGGAUGUUUCCAUCGCAAAAUCACAAGCUUCGGCGGAUCAUAAGGAAGUCUCUCGCCCUGGCUGCAGGCACAUUCGAGUGUCACGAUUUACUGCAAAAGACGGUUCCAGCCGUUGUCGAAGUGUUGGGCGACGUCUAUCCGGAAAUGGCCAACAAUUUUCCAAUUGUUUUACAGAUUCUCGAUCAUGAGCAACGUUCCUACGAAAAACUGUGUUCGAAACGAUCCUCGGAAACCACCGCACUCAUAAAGCGCUUUCCCGAGCUCGACGAAUCUGAAGUGUUGGAGCAUGCUGGACUUGCCGGGGCUAUCAAGGAACUUGCACAGUCAAACGCCCGUACACUCGAAGGAGAGAAGAUCCACAAAAUGUACGAUACGUACGGAUUGGACGAGGAGCUGCUUGAAAAGUUGAGCAACAUGUUGAAAUUUUCACUGGACUUCCGGGAUUACGAGCGGUAUGUUCUUGAACUGAAGCAAGGAUUCAAACAUGAGCUUGCGAGUCGCUUAGAAGAGCGGUUGUCCGCAUUUGAACAGCUCAAGCACAGCAUCGAAGGUGAUCAUGUUAAACCUACUCGAACAGAGCAAAGGUAUAACUAUGCAUUUAAUGCACAGAAGCGCAUUUAUGACGUGGCACCGUGCACAACGCGGGUGACUAUUUUGCUUGAUGAUGCCGCUCGUAAUCUUUGGCAUUUGGUGACGGCACAAAGUAAUUUUUACUGUGAAUCCGGUGGUCAACAGAGUGACGCUGGGAAGCUUACAAUCCUUCGGGAAGGUAGCGCAGAUAAUAUCUCCGUUGAGAUAUCGUCGGUAAACGAGCACAAAGGCUUUAUCGUCCACUCGAUUGCGAAGCAACCGGGUGUGGCACUCUCUGUCGGUGAUCAUGUUGUGCUCCAGGUGGAUACUGCCAGAAGAACGAUGCUCACUUUUAACCACACGGCUACCCAUUUGUUGAAUGCCAUCGUCCGGAAGGUUGUCCCACAUCCAAUGUGUCAACGAUCCAGCAGCGUGUGGGAGAAGGGACUAAGGUUGGAACUUGCCGUUAGUGGAGAGAAGAUUACACUCGAUCAAAUAGGAGCAAUCGAAACGGAAAUCCGUGCUGUUAUUGCUCGAAAUGAACCAGUGAGCGUGCGGGUUUGCAAUGCUUCCGAGGUGGACAUCGCGUCCGUAACAACCGUUCCGGGUGAAACCUAUCCCGAACGGGGGUUGCGGGUAGUGUCCAUUGGCGACAAAACUUCCCAAGAGCUGUGCUGUGGAACUCACGCCACCGGUACCGGUGAGCUGCAAGACUUUGCCAUAACGAAUGUGACCCAGUCAAAGAACGGUUGCUUCGCCUUCCAUGCUUGCGCUGGGCCGGCGGCAACGAAAGUACACUUUCUCGGCAAGCAGAUACAGAACGAUGUGGCUCAGCUGCAGCAAGACGCGGAACAGAACGAGGCUCAAGAGAAUAUUACGAUCAUCGAAACACGCAUGCAACGACUGAAGAAUGUAUUGCUGACAGGGAUGGAUAAUAACAUUCACUUGCCAUAUUGCGUACGUCAACGAUGCCUCGAUGUGAUUGGGUCACUCUAUCAACGGCUGAAAGAUCGUUCCCGCGAAUCAUUACGUGAACUAGUCGACAUUGAGAUGCGAAAUCUGAUCGAGCAGCGCCCACCGACUAGCGAAAAGCAUCGCUUCAUCGUACACUUCCUCGAAUGUUCCAUCAUUCUCGACGAUGUUCAGCUGAGCAAGGCAACACGGUAUUGCCCUGAUCGACCGAUUCUGGUCAUCUGCCUUACUGAUAACCAGGUGAAAGCGAGGGCGACCAUUCCGAAGGCGUUCGUUAGCGAUCGCUUCACCGCAGAACGGUGGCUAGCGCAAGUGGCGCACGAAUUCCGGGCACAAACUGCUGCGCCGAAGGGUCAGAAUCCGGCAGAAGUUUGCAAUAUGAAGGCGCGCAAGGUGACGAUGUCGCACUUUGAGACGAUGCUCGAAAAUGCCUUGCGUGAGGCAAAGCGUUACGCGGAGGAAAACUUCCAUCAAACGGUCCAAAGCCCGAUACAGUUGAAGGAAUAAAUG